CCUCCCCGAGAGUCGGGCGGGAGGGGAGAGCGGGUGUGGAUUAUCUUGACGAACUAAGAUUCCAGAUGGCAAACUCUAUGAAUGGCAGAAAUCCUGGUGGUCGAGGAGGAAACCCCCGAAAAGGGCGAAUUUUGGGUAUUAUUGAUGCUAUUCAGGAUGCAGUUGGACCCCCUAAGCAAGCAGCAGCAGAUCGCAGGACUGUAGAGAAAACUUGGAAACUCAUGGACAAAGUGGUCAGACUGUGCCAAAAUCCAAAACUUCAGUUGAAAAAUAGCCCACCAUAUAUACUUGAUAUUUUACCUGACACAUAUCAGCACUUGCGACUUAUUUUGAGUAAAUAUGAUGACAACCAGAAACUUGCCCAACUCAGUGAAAAUGAGUAUUUUAAAAUCUACAUCGAUAGUUUAAUGAAAAAGUCAAAGCGGGCAAUAAGACUGUUUAAAGAAGGCAAGGAGAGGAUGUAUGAAGAGCAGUCCCAGGACAGACGAAAUCUCACAAAACUGUCUCUUAUCUUCAGUCACAUGCUGGCAGAAAUCAAAGCAAUCUUUCCAAACGGUCAGUUCCAGGGAGAUAACUUUCGAAUCACAAAAGCAGAUGCUGCUGAAUUCUGGAGAAAAUUUUUUGGAGACAAAACUAUCGUACCAUGGAAAGUGUUUAGACAGUGCCUUCAUGAAGUCCAUCAAAUCAGCUCCGGCCUGGAAGCAAUGGCUCUAAAAUCAACAAUUGAUUUAACUUGUAAUGAUUACAUUUCAGUUUUUGAAUUUGAUAUCUUUACCAGGCUGUUUCAGCCUUGGGGCUCUAUUUUACGGAAUUGGAAUUUCUUAGCUGUAACACACCCAGGUUACAUGGCCUUUCUCACAUAUGAUGAAGUUAAAGCACGACUACAGAAAUACAGCACCAAACCUGGAAGCUACAUUUUCCGGUUGAGCUGCACUAGACUGGGGCAGUGGGCCAUCGGCUACGUGACAGGGGAUGGCAAUAUCCUGCAGACCAUACCACAUAAUAAGCCCUUAUUCCAAGCCCUGAUUGAUGGGAGCAGGGAAGGAUUCUAUCUUUAUCCUGAUGGGAGGAGUUAUAAUCCUGAUCUGACAGGAUUAUGUGAACCUACACCCCAUGAUCACAUAAAAGUUACACAGGAACAGUAUGAACUGUAUUGUGAGAUGGGCUCCACAUUUCAGCUCUGCAAAAUUUGUGCUGAGAACGACAAAGAUGUCAAGAUUGAGCCUUGUGGGCAUUUGAUGUGCACCUCUUGCCUUACAGCUUGGCAGGAAUCAGAUGGCCAGGGCUGCCCCUUCUGUCGCUGUGAAAUUAAAGGAACAGAGCCCAUAAUUGUGGACCCCUUUGAUCCGAGAGAUGAAGGCUCCAGGUGCUGCAGCAUCAUAGACCCCUUUGGGAUACCCAUGCUGGACUUGGACGACGACGACGACCGAGAGGAGUCCUUGAUGAUGAAUCGGUUGGCAAAUGUUCGAAAGUGCACUGAUAGGCAGAAUUCUCCAGUCACAUCUCCAGGAUCCUCUCCCCUUGCACAAAGAAGAAAGCCUCAUCCAGAUCCUCUCCAGAUCCCACAUCUCAGCCUGCCGCCGGUGCCUCCUCGCCUGGACCUCAUCCAGAAAGGCAUAGUUCGGUCCCCCUGUGGCAGCCCAACUGGAUCACCAAAGUCUUCUCCUUGCAUGGUGAGAAAACAAGAUAAACCACUCCCACCGCCUCCCUUACGAGAUCCUCCUCCCCCUCCACCUGAAAGACCACCUCCCAUACCACCUGACAAUAGACUGAGUCGUCACUUCCAUCCUGUGGAAAGUGUGCCUUCCAGAGACCAGCCAAUGCCUCUUGAAGCCUGGUGCCCUCGGGAUGUGUUUGGGACUAGCCCCUCAGUGGGGUGUAGACUCCUAGGGGAAGGCUCUCCAAAACCUGGACUCACAGCAAGUUCAAAUGUAAAUGGGAGACAUAGUAGAAUGAGCUCUGACCCAGUGCUUACGAGGAAACACAGAUGCCAUGACUUGCCUUUAGAAGGAGCCAAGGUCUUCUCCAAUGGUCACCUGGGAAGUGAAGAAUAUGAUGUUCCUCCCCGACUGUCUCCCCCUCCUCCAGCCGCUACCCUUCUCCCUAGCAUCAAGUGUACUGGUCCAUUAGCAAAUUCCCUUUCAGAAAAAAACAGAGACCCGCUAGAAGAGGAAGAUGAAUACAAGAUUCCUUCAUCCCAUCCUGUUUCCUUGAAUUCACAACCAUCUCAUUGUCAUAAUGUAAAGCCUCCUCCUAGGUCUUGUGAUAAUGGUCAUUGUAUAUUAAAUGGAACCUAUGGUACAUCUUCAGAGAUGAAGAAAUCGAACAUCCCUGACUUAGGCAUAUACUUAAAGGGAGAUGUUUUUGAGUCAGCCUCUGAUCCAGUGCCACUACCACCUGCCAGGCCUCCAACUCGCGACAACCCAAAGCAUGGUUCUUCACUCAACAGGACGCCCUCUGAUUAUGAUCUUCUCAUCCCUCCAUUAGGCGAAGAUGCGUUUGAUGCCCUUCCACCUUCCCUCCCACCGCCUCCCCCUCCUGCAAGGCACAGUCUCACUGAGCAUUCAAAACCUCCUGGCUCCAGCAGCCGACCAUCCUCAGGACAGGACCUCUUCCUUCUUCCUUCAGAUCCCUUUUUUGACCCAGCAAGUGGCCAAGUUCCUUUGCCUCCUGCCAGGAGAUUACCAGGUGAAAAUGUCAAAGCCAACAGAACAUCACAGGACUAUGAUCAGCUUCCUUCCUCUUCAGAUGGUUCUCAAGCACCAGCCAGACCUCCUAAGCCACGACCCCGCAGGACUGCACCAGAAAUUCACCACAGGAAACCCCAUGGGCCUGAAGCAGCGUUGGAAAACGUCGAUGCAAAAAUUGCAAAACUCAUGGGAGAGGGUUAUGCCUUUGAAGAAGUGAAGAGAGCCUUAGAGAUAGCCCAGAAUAAUGUUGAAGUGGCCCGUAGCAUCCUCCGGGAAUUUGCCUUCCCCCCACCAGUCUCCCCACGUCUAAAUCUAUAGCAGCCAGGACAAUUAAACAAACAAACAAACAAACCACAAGAUGUAAAAUUGGUGAAUAUUCUAGCAGUGUGGAGAGAAGAGAUGUGAAAUGGAAUUCAGGAGAGAAAGUGUCUCCUCGUCAUGUGGCACCCAGAGGACAGAGAGGCUUAGAAGUGCUGCUUCUCAGAAGACAGCUGCUUGCUCAGGAAGUCAGCGCUGGGCUCUCUUAUUUUUGCUAGCCAUACUUUUAAAUCAGGGUUGAACUGACAAAAAUAAUUUAAAGACGUUUACUUCCCUUGAACUUUGAAUCUGUGAAAUGCUUUUCCUUGUUUACACGUUGGCGAAGUUCUUGUUUUGAGUUUGUUUUCAUCCCUGUACUGUGUUCUUGGGCCCUUUGUAAAGUGGUCAGGUCUGCUGUAACACCCCCCACCAGCUUCCUGCUUUCACCACAACCAAGUCAUGUAUUCAUUUUGAUUGCUCCCUUUAGAUCCGCCUUCUCACACCUCCCAGGUCAAGUUCCAUUUCUCCCAAUUAUAAGAUGCUUUAAAGGUUCUGAUUUUCAUAGUAUCAAACUAAUGCAAAAAAAAAAAAAAAGUGUGGCCUUCACUACUGAAUCUUCUCUUUGGACACCAUCACUGUUGCGAGAUGGGGAAAAUCUGAAUGUAUAAAGCAUUUUUUGGUCAAUGAACUGCCUUUUUUAACACGGGGUUUUCAUAAACUAUAGAGGCACUUCCAUAUUUUGUAUGUUUUGUGAUCCGUCAGUCUUCCAUAUUCUCAUCUUUGUUAUCCCAAGGGUGUCAUAACUCUGUAAAAACCUCUAAUACUAGCAAGCAACUACUGCAGAUGUGGGAGAAGUAUACUUGUUCACAACAAUACUGUGUUAAAGUUACAUGAUGAGGUCCCUGAUACUUAGGUCUGGUUACUUAUGUAUAAAGGGGCCAUCUCCCUGAAAUAUAGUAAUCAUUUUGAAAGUUAUGGUCAGACCUUGCCCAAAGUAGAAUGGAAAUCACUUCCUGUUGGAGUGAUUACACUCUAGUACCUAGCAGGUUUAGGAAUAAUCCCACAUUGUGGUGAAGACAUCCAAUCUUUGAUGCACUGCUAAGUGCCAAUGCUACUGUCACAUUUUUUUUUUUGGCAAAUAUCUUUUUCUAAUCAAAUUAGAGUUCAUAUAUUUAAUUUGUAGAUUAUCUCAUUCACUGCCCCCAUUGCUCCAUCCAGUCAGGUAAAAAAAAAAAAAAGAAAAGAAAAAAAUUUGCCUUUUAUUGAGUAUCUAUGAUAUGCUCAGCGCUAUUUUUAAAGCACAAACUGUUGCAAGCUAAUUCCAACCAUAUUUUAUUUGUUACCUGUACCUUUGAUAAGUCUCUCUGGUGGACAAAACUUGGAAGGUUUCCACCAGAGCUUCAGAAUUUUCAGGCAAAUUGCUUUUUUUUCUUUACCUGAGAAGUUAGCAGGGAAAUGAGAAAAAAACCAGGUGCAUGUGAAAUGAUUGAACCACAGGUUUUCUAAAAAGAUGCAUCUAACAGUAAGCCUCUUCAGAAAUUGAAAGGACAUCAGUGAACAUCUAGCAGAUGCAGUGGAGGUAAAUGAAACGUGUGGCCAGCCUGGGGUGAGAAGCCAGUGCAUUCCUAUGCACAGCGACUUGUGCCUUUCCCGACAGUCUGACCGUGGAGACAUGGCGGACUGGAGGCGUCACAGGGCUGGGUAGUGUGUGCUCCUGAUUUGAUUUCAGGUGAUUCUGACUAGUUACUGUCCCUAAGUGGGAAUUUUUAAUGUGUCUUAGAUGUUACUCCUGUGAGUAGGUGUAAGUACAAUUUUUUACACUUUUAACAAUUAACAUUGGCUCUUUUCUCCAUUGCUUUAUCAACUAUAUUAUGGCAUCGUGAUUUUCCUUCCACUUGUUUCAUCAGUUUCUGAUGUCAUGGUAGCACUGUAUAUUUUCUUUAUGACUCACUGAUCAUAACAUACUGUCUAAAAGCCAAAAGUUGCCCCUUCAUUGUGGCAAUAGUGUCCUAGUAUUCUUAUUAAUGUAAAAAAACAUAGUCCAUUCUGACGUUUUUCAAGUGUGAGAAACUCCUGAGAGAGAAGACUGGUAAUGGCAUAGUGCAUUCAUUUCCUUAAAGUAUUUGCAAAAAGAGGAACUUACUAGUCUGUACCUUGUACUCAAAUCUUUUUGUCCUAAAAUGAAUCUUAAAACUGUACAAAAGUAAUGGAAAGAGGAAACUUUCUAUCAAACACGAAAAAGCAUUGCUACCUAUUACCUAUAACAACCAACAAAAGAAACUGAGGAAAUAAAGUACAUUUCAAUUCUAAAAAUGAUUAUCCAUUACUGAUUGGAAAUGACCCCAGCUCAGUUCCACUAUGAUUCAAAUAGUCAGGCACUCCUCCCAUUUCUCUUGAGUUGGUAAUACGCUGUUUUUAUUUUAAACAAUAUGACUUAUAGUUGAAUCCAACAUUCAACCUACUUGCCCCAACCCCCAACAUUUUCUGAGGGUAGAAGUUAUCCUCAGUGAUAGCCCAGUAAAUUCAUCUCCUAACGGUUCUCACCCUGCCUUGCCCUACCCUAAUGUCUGUACUAUCGUGGCCAAGUGUUUAGAGUUGAUCAGAGCAAUGCUUAUGGUUAACUUGAACUUCUCCCCAAAAGGAAUACCUUUAUAUCCCUCCCUAGCCACUUCCUGUCCACGUGGAAAAUAGUCUUAAUAAACCCUAAUUACAACUUCAAAGAGCCCAUUUUUGACUCAAUAUUUCAUAUACAAGAACACUUACAAAUAAUUCAUAAUGUGAAUUUUUUAUAUUUUAGUUCCAUAAGCAUUUCCUACGCGUUGGACAUUUUUUCUUUCAGAAUUUCAACUUGAAGCUUAAUUUGCACUGAAUUAUCUAACCUGGUUACAAUUUUAUUUUCUCUUAAGCGGACAGAUUUUGAAGCAAAUUACAAUAUUUUCAACAAUACAGGUAUUGCCUGUUGACCUGGAAUUUUAGUGCUUCUAGGAUAAGUUUCCAGAAAAAGACAGCAACAGAGUGAAGGGUUGUCUUCCCAGUUCUGUUUUUUUUUUUUUUUUUUAAAGACCUUUUUAAACUUGUCUAAUGUGGCAA